GGUCUUGUUGCCUUCAGCCAUAUGGCUCUUUCCCAGAACAGAGUUUUGCCUUUUAACUUCCUGACCUUGAGACAUUUGGGAACGUAAUGGGCAGGACAGGUGUAUAUAAAGAGUUACAGGGUGAACGUUCUCUUAUAUUCUGAGGAAAGUCACCAUGAAGGCCCUGAUAUUCCUGGCUUUGCUUGGAGCAGCAUUUGCUGAAGCUAAGGAUGAUAAGAUUGUCGGCGGGUAUGAGUGUCCCAGACACUCUGUUCCCUACCAGGUAUCCCUGAACGCUGGAUACCACUUCUGCGGUGGAUCCCUCAUCUCCAGCCAGUGGGUGGUGUCGGCUGCUCACUGCUACAAGUCUCGUAUCCAGGUCCGUCUUGGCGAGCACAACAUUGCUGUGAAUGAGGGCACUGAGCAGUGGAUUGAUGGUGCCAAGAUGAUCACGCACCCCCAGUACAACAGCUACAACCUGGACAACGACAUCAUGCUGAUCAAACUGAGCCGCCCCGCCACCCUCAACAGCAACGUUCAGACCGUGGCCCUGCCCUCCCGCUGUCCCGAGGCCGACGAGAACUGCCUGGUGUCUGGUUGGGGCAAUACCUCCGCCAACGGAAGCAACUUUCCUGACAGGCUGCAGUGUCUGCGGCAGCCCAUCAUCGAUGACAGGAUCUGCAGGAAUGCCUACCCCCACCUCUUCACUGAGAACAUGGUUUGCUCCGGAUUCAUGCAAGGCGGUGCCAGCAGCUGCCAAGGAGACUCUGGCGGUCCUCUGGUGUGUAAUGGUCAGCUGCAAGGAGUGGUGUCCUGGGGUUAUGACUGUGCUAUGCAAGGACACCCCAGCGUCUACGCCCGUGUGUGCCGUUACAACAGCUGGAUCAGCACCACCAUGCGCAGCAACUAAACACACAGUCCCCCAUCCACA